AUGUCAGACGAUGAAGCAGAUCCCGAACUGCUUGAGCUGCUCCGUCAAUCCCUCGGACUAGGACGGCCUACCAAGUCAGGCCCACAAGUAGACACCUGUGUGCUCUCAGGAGCGAAGCAUACCUUUGACAACUCUGUCGACGUCGCCUUAGACCCUUUGAGAACCAAGGCUGCUGCAGAGACUAUCUGGCAGAUGAUGCAGAAGAAGCAGUAUUCGACGAAGAAGUGGGGGGAGCAUGAACUGCACCCGCAGACCAAGGAUGAGAGUACGGUCAACUUCAUCUUCACGAUGGAUUUGUUGAAUUUUAGCUUUUGGUCCGAUGAGACGGAUGAGUCGAAGCAGUUUGCUAUUGAAUAUCGAGGGAAGAGAUGGAAGGGGUAUUGGAGUCUUGUUGCUGCACUGCAAAGGGCGCUGGAUGAAGAGAUCCCAAUUACGAGUUCGGAUUUCUGGAAGAAUGAAGAUGAAUGUACAGAGGAGGUAUUGCGACAUGUCUUCAAGUCUGCAACGGACGAGGAAAUACCGCUCUUUCAAGAACGUCUCAAUUGUCUCCGUGAGGCUGGGGAAAUUCUACACGAUAAAUACCUCUGCAGCUUCACAACCUGCAUCGAAGAAGCUAAUGGUUCUGCGGCAGUCCUUGUGAACCUGCUAGCCGACAACUUCCCCUGCUUCAGGGACAAGACUCGAUUCGAAGGGAAAGAAGUGCGCUUUUACAAGCGAGCUCAGAUCCUCGUCGCAGAUCUCUGGGCAUGUUUUCGUGGCAAAUCCUAUGGUAGAUUCCACGACAUUGACAAACUAACAAUGUUUGCAGACUACCGCAUCCCGCAAAUGCUGCACACCCUCGGCUGCCUCCUCUACUCUCCCCCCCUCGAAUCGCACAUCCGCCAAAAAAAGCUCUUGCCAAGCGGGCACAGAUGGGAAACCGAACUACGCGGCACAAGCAUAUGGUGCGUCGAGCUGAUCCGCCGCCAUAUCGAAAAGCAGCAUUCCGACAUGAUGAAGCCGGGCGCGUAUGCAGAGUUGACGCCGCCAUUGACCACCGCCUGCGGGUCUGCAGUGGCGUCGGGGUCUGUAUCGGUUAGAGGCGGAGAUGAGGAGAAGGAGGGAGAUGAUUCUGCGAGGGAGGUUGGUGUUGAUGAAGGUGGGGCUGAGGGAGAUGACGUGCAGCCAUUAGGAGUCAAUGCGGUGCUGAUUGAUUUUCUGCUGUAUGAUACGGCGAAGGAGCUGGAGAGUCAGGGGAAGGAGAGCAUUCCACAUCAUCGGACGAGGAGUAUUUGGUAUUGA